UAUAAGUCUGCCACUCCUCCGUAUACAUAGCACAGCCCUGCAACAGGCAGGACCAGAUUCCUGGCACUAACGUGAAUGUGAAGCACUAGGUCAUUCUUCCCCGAUACUUCUAACUAGAACUUACGGUGCCUUUUAUGGAACCAUGACACCACGGGAACUUCUAGACUAAAAAAGGAAGAAAGUGACGACUACCAUGAAUUCAUAACGGAGGACCACAACAUCCAGAAGGAACUCAGGCACUUUUACGACUGGAUUAUUCUACAAAUCAGUUAAAAGAUGAAGGAUCGUCUUCAGGAGUUAAUGCAAAAAGCCAAAGAGCUGGAAGAGUCCAAGGAAAAGGAGGACCCCAGAGAAGAGGCUAUUGAUAUCCAGCAACAAGCUGUUGUCUUUGAGAGAGAGCCUGUCAUUGAAAGCUACUUACACGAAAUAAGAAAACUCCAAAAUGCUAUUACAGACCUAUCGGAAAAUGUAGUAAAGUUUGGACAACAACAAAAAGUUCUUAUCUCCUCUAUGAGAAGAUUCAGCGUGCUAAAAAAAGAAAGCGAUGUAACAAAGGACAUCAAGGUCCAAGCAGAAAGCAUUAAAAAACGCUUGGACACCUUAUCACUGGAUAUUCAGAAAGCGGAAACUGAAACAGGGUCAUCAUCUAGUCUUACCAGGAUCCUAAAAAAUCACCAUGCCGCCCUGUUCAGAAGCUUCCAAUCCGUCAUGUUCCGCUAUAAUGAAGCGAUUAUGGUCAAGCAGGCCAAAUGUAAAACAUUCAUUGUAAGACAACUAGAAGUCGCUGGCAAGGAUAUCAGUGAGGAGGAAGUGAACAACAUGGUGGAUCAGGGCAAAUGGGAUGUCUUCAACGAGAACCUUCUGACGGAUGUCAAGAUUACCAAAGGGAAGCUGAAUGAGAUCGAGCAGAGACACAAGGAACUGAUCAGCUUAGAGAAUCAGAUAAGAGAUUUAAGAGACAUUUUUCUUGAAAUUUAUGUUUUAGUAGAUGAACAAGGAGAGGCUUUAAACAACAUAGAAAUGGCUACGAAGGGCACCGAGGAAUAUGUCCAAAGGACCAAUGAGAAGUUUAAGUUAGCUGUGAAAUACAAGAAGAAAAAUCCAUGCAAAACCUUGUUCUGCUGCUGUUGUCCAUGUUGUUGAUGGGUUACUUGACUUUGGCUGCUGUAUACAUUGCGUUAUCUUUUAUAAGCUACAGAUUUGUUUAUACUGUAUAUACAUAUAUAUUAUAUUUUUUUACGUAGUUUGUGUUGCAAAAUAAAAUGUAUUGCCAUGUAAGGAGACAUUUGUAUACUGGUGACUUAUUAAAAGUAGG